AUGCCCCAAACAGCGACCAAGGACUUGCAUGGGCCCGACUUCACCACCGCAAAGCUCUUAUACAUGGUCCCGCCUGCGGACGGAGAGCGAGUGUACACGCACAUCAACGCAGACUCCGGUACGGGUCAGCGCAACCGCAACUUCACCAACGAAGAAAGGGAGAUGGUGAUCGAGAACAUCCGCGGGAAGGAAGACACUGUCUCGCUCGACGCUUCCGGCUUCCAGUACGUCCACGCCCCGGCCAAACACAAGUCAUUCGCGAACGAUGAGGAGGUCCGGAGGGAGUACUACCCUGAGAGCAUCGAGCUACUCAAGAAGCUCACCGGAGCGAGCAGGGUGGAGUUGUUUGAUCACACGAUCCGCCGACGCCGGCCAGGCGAGAUCGACGACAGCCCCGAGAAGCGCCAGCCAGUCGCCCAAGUCCACGUCGACCAGACCACCGCUGCCUCCAUUGCGCGCGUGCACCGCCAUCUGCCCGCCUCAGACGUGCCGAGGCUCUUGGAGCGGCGCUUCCAGAUAAUCAACCUGUGGAGGCCAAUUGGCAACCCGGCGUACGACUGGCCGUUGGCGCUGUGCGACUUCCGAAGCGUUGACCAGAAGAGAGACAUGUUUCCGGUUGCGCUUAUUUAUCCGGACAGAGAGGGCGAGACGCAAGGUGUGAAGUUCAACGAGAACCACAAGUGGAAAUACCUGCGUGGUAUGACGCCAGAUGAAGUUGUCUUGAUCAAGUGCUUCGACUCCAUUCAGGACGGCAGCGUUGCUGUCUUCACUCCGCACACCGGUUUCAGCGACCCCGCGACCCCUUCCGACGCGCCGCUACGCGAGUCGAUCGAACUGCGAGCACUAGUCUUCUACGAUUGA